ACACAUAGUGAAUAUUUAUAUUUUUCUUCAAAAAAAAUAUGAAGAUUGAAGGUGGAAAAAUGAAGAAAUAUGCUUUAUUAUUAGCUGCAAAAGAUUCAGAAUAUGUGAAAAAAAUGUAUGGAGGAUAUUUUAAUGUAUUUGUUGAAGCUUUUGGUGAUGAAGAAUUUGGAGAAAAAUGGGAUUUAUUUAGAGUUGUUGAUGGUGAAUUUCCAGAAAUGGAUCAACUUGUUAAUUAUGAUGGAUUUGUAAUUAGUGGAAGUCCAUUUGAUGCAUAUGGGAAUGAGCAUUGGAUUCUCAAACUUUGUCUACUUUUGCAAACUUUGUAUUUCAUGCAAAAGAAAGUUCUUGGUAUUUGCUUUGGACAUCAGGUUUUGUGUAGAGCUUUGGGAGGAAAGGUUGGAAAAGCUAACAAUGGUUGGGACAUUGGACUAAGGAAAUUGAACAUUGUAAAGGACUUCUCAACACAUAGUUUCCUUGGUGAUUUGGAUGAAAUCCCACUAGCACUUUCAAUUAUUGAGUGCCACCAAGAUGAGGUGUGGGAAGUGCCAAAGGGAGCAGAAAUAGUAGCAAUUUCAGAAAAAACAAAUGUGGAGAUGUUUACAAUGGGAGAUCAUAUUUUAGGUAUACAAGGUCAUCCUGAAUAUACCAAAGAUAUACUCUCUAAUCUCAUUGAUCGUCUACUUUCCAAUGGUUCCAUUCAGAGUGAAUUUGCAGAAGAUGCAAAAUCUAAGCUUUAUAAAGCUGAGCCAGAUAGGAAAUGUUUGGAAAGAAUUUGCAAGAAAUUUCUCAAAAGAGAAUAUAUGGAUGGCAAUAAAUGA